GCUUUGACGCACGUGGCCGCUCAUUUGGCAAGAUGAGCGACGACGAAGCAAGCCCAGGCAAGCUCCAUGACGGGUACCAUGGCUGGUUCAAGUCCGUGGCGCGUACGGGCGAGGACUUUACGCCCAAGGUCAUCUCGACGCCGGUGGUCGACAACGCCGUCGGGUCGGCGUGGAACGCCGGUGGCACGUGGGAAGAAGUCGACAAGUCCGAGUGGGCGCGCGAGGCCUUGAAGCGCCACAUCCUCGACGGGUUUGCGUUUGACGAUGCUCUCCAUCGCCUCCGCGUCGUCGCGACCGACAUUGCGACGUGCACUGGCGAGACCAAGAUUGUCUAUAGCCGUGGCAAGAAGCGCUGUGGGUACGAGCUCGACGUCAAGUUUGCAUGGGAGUGCACGGACGCCGAUGGCGCGACAGCCAGCGGCCACGUCAAGCUCCACGAUUUUGAAGACACGAACGGCGAGGACUACGAGAUCCACGUCACAUCGAGCGGCGGCGCAGCGCUCGGCAAGAACGGCGUCGACGCCAUCAAGCGUUGGGAACCGAGCCUCCGCCAGCUCCUCCACGCAUGGAAGACCGAACUGCUCCAGCAAUGAAAAUCCAAAUAAUAUUGCAGUGUCUAUCCCUUCGCUCGUCC